CAUCCCCCCCAAAAAAAGGCGAGCGUUGCAUCUGCGUCUGCAACUCCUGCGACUGCUGUGAGCUGCUGAGGGCGCCCAGGGUUGCGCCUCGGGGCCUAUAAAAAGUGUUAGUGCAGUGUAGUAGUAGCGGUGUUCUAUGUGCGUGAAAAAAACAAAAAAGACAGAGUGAGAGAGACAGACAGUUUAGUGACGCGCUACAGUGAGCUGCUCGGGAUUGGGGCUUUGAUCCUGUCGUCGCCUUCCCUGUACGCUCCACUGUGUAUGUGUGAGUGGCCAUUGUGUGUGUGCGUUUGCGUGUGAUAAGCGUGCUUUUUAAGUAAAGAUCGUGUACUAGCAGGUGCCUAACCUAACCCUCAAACAAACGAACAAACUGCAAACGACACGACCCGUUGGAUGGUUCUGUUUAGUACGCGGGAAGAGCACUCGACUGUCUCUAGAUCAUAGCUCGAUCCCGUCACAGAAAGAGACAGAGAGAGACAGACAGAGAGAGAGAGAGAGAGACAGAGAGAGAGAGAGAGAGAGAAACUGUCCACUGCUUCAUCUUUAGGAUCUCUAUCAAUAUCGCGAUCGCACAAUUUCCGGCGCCCUUCCCCCGCAAUCAGCAAUCAAGAUCCGAUCCGAUCCGCCAGGAGGAACGAGUAGCGCGGCACAGCGGAACAGCGGAACAGCAGCGGAAGGUGGGCACCGAGUACGGCCACGAGAUGGAGGCACAGUUGUGGGCGGACACUGGUUGCGUCGUCGAUCUGUCGUCGAUCACCGACGAGGAUCUGCUGCGCAAGAUGUGGCAGCAGGCGGAGGACUUUUCGCGCAAGAAGGAGAUCCGGGCGUACAUGUACAAGCUGCGCGAGCAGCGGCUGAAGGACUUUUACGCCAGCAACGACAGCAGCCCGCCCUACUUCCUGAUGGAGAAUGCGAGCGCCACGUUCGGGUUGCGCAAGAGCGCAGUCACCGGUAGCCACGGCGAUUCGCUCGUCGACCAGAGCUUCGAGAGCUUCAAGACGAAGGAAAUCCGCGACUCGGAAAGCCCGACCAGGUUCGGGAGCGAGCGGACAGCGGGAGGAACGACCAUCAGCACCGGCGAUCCGGCCGCUAACAGUAACAGCGGCUGGCAGGUCCGUAUGGCGGAAGAGGUGAGCGAAGACGGGAAGACGCACACGGUGCGCUCGUCGGCGACGACCGGCGGUACGUAUGAGCUGGACGGUGGCCACGGUACGUUCAGUGGCCGCAACGAGGAAUCGCACAGCGAGCGGUACGAGGAGGACGAACAGCGUGGCAUCCGUGGGUACACCAAGGGUGACCAGUCGUCCACCUUCGUCGAGGAGAGCACCGUGACCGAGGGUACCGAUGGUCGGCGUACGGUAACGGCUAGCCAGGAAACCAGCACCACGAUGAGCACGACGACAACGACGCAGCAGCAGCAGCAGCAGCAACCGAGUCGAAAGGAACUGUCCAAGGAUCCGGAACGGGUCCAGGAGGCGUUCCGGUUGGCGGCGUGCGCUGGGCGCGUGAUCGAGCGCGACGAGCAGCUGGUGAAUGCGACGACCAAGAUGAUCACUGAGACGAAGCAGCUGGACGAUGGGACAACCGUGACGACGCGCACGUACGCCAAGAUUGGUGAGGAACCACCGUUGGCACCAUCCGUCACCAGCAGCAGCACGGCCACCAGCACGCAGCAGGAGACAACUGCCACGGGCACGCUGGCCUCGAGCACAACUGCCAAGAUCCAGGUGGAGGUGGAUGCGGCCCACGAUUCGUUCGUCCGGUCGCUACGCUGCGCUUCGCCCCCCCUGUCCGGCCGCUCGAGUGUCAGCCCGGUUGGUGGUGGCGCUCGGGGCCACCGGAGCCCGUCGCGCGAAUCCGACACGAGCCGCCACACCAACAAACCGGACUACAUGCGUUCGACGUUCACGUCCGAGCGCAAGCAGUCCAACUUCUCCGAGGAACAGGCCCUUGCUGCGGUCGAUCAGUCCGCCCGACCGGGACGCCAACCGUCGACCAGCCCGGUACGCAAGGUGCCAACCAACACACCGAGCCCACCGUCACGCAGUACGUCCCCGAUCAAGGGGAAGGUCCCCUUGAUGGUGCAAGAGGAUGCCACGGUUGAGCAGGUCACAGGAGGAGGAGGAGGAGGAGGAGUAGGACGCACCACCACCACUACGACGGAGGUGAAAACAACGAAACCACCGCUGGUGCGCAGCGAAACGUACGAGGAACGGUGCCGCAAGAUACUCGGCAUGCCAACGCAGACAACGGGCACGGGCGAGGGCGAGAUGGUGGUGGAAAAGGGCGAAACCGAGCGGGCAACCACCAGCAUCUUCAGCACGUACGACAACACAAUCACAACGACGCUGUCCCGGUCGGAGCAACGAUCAGAGAAGCGCCGCAAGCUGGACGAGGAAAUAAAGGCGAUCGAGGCGGAAGCGAUGGCACGGGCAGCCGUUCGCCGUGCGUCCAGCGACCAGAAGAGCCCACCGACCGGUGAACGGAGCGGUUCACCGGUGAAACCGGUGGAUCGCCAACAGUCCCCAUCAGGCGCCCGGCGUGCUUCCGGUGACCCUUCGCCGACACGCAAAACGUCCCAGGUGAAACCGGCGCCCGUUUCGGCGACUGACAGCGGUCCGCAGGCAUCGCAGGUAGCCGAGGAACUGGCCACCACAACAAGCAGCAUCCGGUCGGUGGCCGAGCUUACGAUCCAACCGACGGUCGAUCGGGCCACGGACGCAGAGAUCGAAAAUGAAGAGCAGCAGGCGGGCAGCAGACGGGCGACAAACGCCAGCAAAACGAUUGCCAGUGUCACCAGCACCACCACCACCAAGCAGAUGCUGACGAAGCAAUCGUCGGAGACGAAAUUCGAGCGUCGUGGCACUGGAACCAACGCCACCGCGCACCGUGCCGGCAUCACCAGCAUCAAGAGCUCGUCCGAUAUCGAUGUAAAGCGCCAGCAGCAGCAGCAGCAGCAGCAGCAGCAACCGGGGUCCCAGCGACCAGCAACGGUUACACCGAAAAACCACCACAUCACGGUGGCCAAAAUCAAGAUUGAUCCGGUACGGAAACCAUCCCAGACGGCGACACCGGGGACCGGUCCCCGGGCGACCCCUGUAACAACCCGGAACACGACCGGCACUACCGGAACGCGCCACAAAGCGGCACCAGCACCGGUCGAUACGGAGUCGGAUAAGGAGACGGGUGUGUCGGAUAGUGACACGCUGGAACCGUCCGUUCCGUCCGUUCCGUCCGGUGGUACGAUCGAAAUCACCGUCACGAGUACCGGUACCGGUGCGGGUGGUACCCGUACCGCACAACGCCGACGCCCACCCGUGACGGAUCGUAAGGAUUCGGCACCGGUGUACCGGACGACCGGGGCACCAGCGGCCCGUACCGACAAGAGCUACGCCCGUUCGGCCAGUGACAACCAUCUACGCGCUACCACCACCAGCACGACGACGACGACGACGACGGCGACCCGCAAGACAACCCCGGCCGCGCCCCACGCGCCCACGGGACGCCGGGGCGUGGUGGAGCGACCGGUGAAGCAUGUCGCCACCAAGACGAUCAACCUGUCGAGCAAGAUGGUGGUGGCGGCCGAGUCGGCCGGUGGUGGGGCGACGGCAGAUCGCCCUCUCGAUUCCGACCACCUGGACAACGUCAUCAUCGACAUCCAGCAGGCAAAGUCAUCGCGCGAACCGACACCGAACAGGCUCGUCCCGAUACCGGUGUCGCCGGAUGAGGAUACGGGCCGGCCACGGUUCCCCGAUGCGGUACAGGAACCGGACGACGAGUCGGAAGGUGCGGGCGCACCGUCCUCGUCGCCGUCGGCGCCACGCGUCAAGAACAUUCCCAUCUUCGAGGAAGCGACCAACGCGUACGUCGGCUGCGAGAUCACCGAGGUGGAGGAUCAGGAGGUGCGGGCCCAGCGGGCAACCCGCAUCACUAACCUGGACCGGGUGACCGAGGACGACGAGUCGCUGCUGAGCGUCACGGAGAAGGUGAGCAAGUUCGUGCAGGAAGCGCAACGGUUGCAGGAUACGGGCACGGGUAGCGGGCCGGAUAACGGGGCACGCUUCGUCGCCCGGCCCCGCGAUCACGGGGAGCUGGAUGAGCAUCUGCGCUCGGACGAGUGUUUGCUGAGCGUGUCGGACAAGGUGACGAAGUUCAUCUCGACGGCCGAGGAGGUGAAGAAGAUCCGCACGUCCAGCCCGUUUGUGAUGGCGGUGGGCGGUGGGGCGGAUGAAUCGUCCGUGGCCGGCGGCGACGCGACCACCAGCGACGAGUGUUUGCUGAGCGUGAACGAGAAGGUGUCACGGUUCGCGAACCGUAGCCAGCCCGGGAACGACGCGCCAACGGUGCCCCGCCAGGAGCUGGAGGUGGCGAGCAAGUUUGCGCCCCAAAAGUCACCGGAACUGGUGAAGAACGCGAUGAAGUGUACGUCGGUCGUGCGGUGCGCUGGGGUGGAGCACGAGGAGCAACAGGAGCCGCCGUCACCGGGUACGGUGGGCGAUCGCUAUCGAACGGUGGCCACGGUGAGUAAGGUGCGCGGUGAGGUAGCACCGGCACUGCGCAGUACCGAGGCGGUCAAGAAGGCGAAGGAGAUUUUCGAGAAAGCCCAGGACGGUUCCGGUGCGGGGAAGGGGCGGGUGCCACGUGACAUCCUGGCGCGUCCCUCGAUCUGGGAGGAUCGCCGGAACAAGGAGCAGCAGUCCCAGUCCGACGUGAAGCUGACAGAUAUUGGGGUGUAUCGCAAGACCAGUGGCCAGCUAAACCGUGACGAUGCCGAGCCGGAUGGGGGGGUGGAGGAACAGCCGCCAGUAACGCCGGUACCAGCGAAAACCGGUGGACGGCGGGACAGUGACCGGUCGGUACGUGCGCCGGCCUACAUCCGUGAUACGGUCUCGUCGAAGAAGGACCUGUUUGAGAAGCGCAUCUCCUCGUCGAAGCUGCAAACUACCACACACACGGCCGAGUACACGAGCCAGACGUCGCAUGAGGAGCCGACCCCGGCG